CAAUACAAAACGCAGUUUCAAGAGUGGAUUAACCAGCAAUGCAAUACAGAGUUCAACGAUGUAGAUAUGGAGCUUGAAGAACUUCCGGAGAAAAACAAAAUUAAUGAUAAAGAUAAAGUUAAAGCACCUGUUGAAGAACCUAAAAAAGUCCCUAAAAUUUAUUACGGAUCAAGAACUCACCGGCAGAUUUCUCAAGUGAUAAAGGAACUUCGAAGGACUGCAUAUUCAAACGCUAAAAUGACAAUAUUAAGCAGUAGAGAAUUCACAUGCAUCCAGACUUCGAAUAGAAACAAGACUGAGCUGUGCAAUGAUUUAUUAGACCCAAUUAAGAAGCAGGGAUGUCCCUUUUAUAAUGAAUCAAAUAAACGUGUCUUAUCAACUUACAAAAGUUUAGACAGAUCGACGAUACCACAACCCUGGGAUAUUGAAGAGUUGGUGGAAGUAGGAAAGGAAUAUGGCUGCUGUCCGUAUUUUGCAGCGAGAAAUCUUUUGCCAGAAGCUGAUAUUAUUUUUUGUCCGUACAAUUAUUUAAUUGAUCCGAAUAUUCGAAAGAGUAUGCAAAUUUCGCUAAAAGAUGAAAUAGUUAUAUUGGAUGAAGCUCAUAAUAUCGAAGACAUUUGCCGAGACAGUGCCAGCGAUACAUUUAGAGUUGAUGAAUUGAUGGAAGUUAUUAAAGAGUGUGAGCACUUGAUAACGAACGUUGCAAAGGAUAAAAUUCCUCAGUAUGCGCCUGACGGUAAAAGUGACCAAUUGACAAGUAAAUUUUGGAGUAGCCGCGAGCUUUUGGAGUUAAUGAGUGUUAAUAAAUUAGAAAGACAGAAUCAUUACCAAUACAAAAAAGCUGCUUUGGAAGCCAUCGAAAAACACAAUGAGGCAAAAGAAAAAUCCCGUGAGCAACCUAACCCACACGCAGAUCCUAAAAAGCUAGUUUCAGAUCCUACAAUAUCGCCUAAUACUGUUCGUGUUCUCGAGAGACUUAAUUUAGCUAUCGAUAUGCUGACGUCAGACCAGUUUUCAUCCGAUUUCCGAGCACUAAUAAGAGAAGUUCCGGAAAGAUUUUGUCAAAAAAUAAUAACAAGAUCACCAAGUGCCAGUCAAAAACCUCGAAAUCAACGAAUUCGAAUGCUUGAUUUACUGUGUAUGAAUCCAGCAGUAGUAUUUUCACCACUAGCUAAUUCAGCUCGAUCAAUAAUCCUAGCAUCUGGUACAUUAUCACCGACAUCUUCAUUCUCCAGUGAAUUGAACACUAAAUUUUCGCACAUGCUCCACGCAAAUCAUGUAAUACCUAAAGAGCAAGUUCUCGUAAAAGCAAUUAGUCAAGGGCCAAAUAAUGUUGCCCUUCGCGCAACUUACGCGAAUGUUAACACUUGGAGAUUUCAAGAUGAGCUGGGACAAGUUCUUCUCGACGUAUGCCAAACAGUGCCUUUUGGAGUUUUAUGUUUUUUCUCGUCGUACACAGCAAUGAAAACAUUAACUGAUAGAUGGUGGCAAAACGGCGUGAUGACUAAGUUACAUCAGUGCAAACGCAUCCUGGAAGAACCACGUGUCAGUAAAGAUUUAUCAGAAGUAAUGCGCGAGUACCGUUCAAUAAUCAGACAAUGUGAAGAAGGUACCAUAGAAGACAGUAGGAUAACCGGCGUAAUUCUUUUCGCCGUCUUUCGUGGUAAAGUUGCCGAAGGAAUUGACUUCAGUGAUAACGAAGCACGCUGUGUCAUCACCAUUGGGAUCCCUUACGCCGUGAGAAAUGAUCCAGCGGUUGAACUCAAGCUUGCUUACAAUGAUUUUCACACCAAGGAAAGAAAAUUACUCCGCGGAACUGAAUGGUAUGCUGUUCAAGCUUUCCGAGCUUUGAAUCAAGCUCUUGGAAGGUGUAUUAGGCAUAAAGGCGAUUGGGGCGCCAUAUUAUUAAUUGAUGACAGAUUUCUGUUACCUCAAAAUCAAAGCUAUCUUCCUAAUUGGGUCAAGUCUAUGUGGAGCAAUCGCUCUAAAGACUAUAAUCUCCGUGAAAAUUUAAAACAGUUCGUCAGUCAAAGGACUAAGGCUGAUAAUGAACGUAAGAUGUUAGCAGAUUAA